UUAGACAGUUCCGUGUAUAUUGUAAAGAAUUUAUAUUUUUAUAGAAUUUCAUUAUUUUUUAUAACGGAUAUUUUUAAUUUGUAGUGGGUACAAUGUUCGGCUGUGCGACUCGUGUGGCUGCGCUUCUGUCAUUUCGAUAGCUGGCGACCUAGCUGACUGGGUAACUAGCUUGGGCCACGCUCUUAACCAUAGUUUGUUUCUUUCGCUGCUUGCUAUGUUUAUUUUCCACCACGCAUAGGUAUAUCAAGAACGUACUUAAAUAAUCAUACCAGUAAGUAAAAUACUGGAGAGUUUUUGCCAGUGAACGCCGUGGGAAUAAGUCAUCUAGCACGCUACUGCCCAACUUUAUAUUGAUCAUGGAAGACGCCCGUCCUCGAUACAGCAAGCGACUGCGGUCGGGCACGCGGCGGCGUUACCAGGACGAUGGCAUCUCGGACGAUGAGAUCGAGGGCAAGAGGACCUUUGACCUGGAGGAGAAGCUGCAGAGCAACAGAUUCAGCUCUGAUAGGGUGAAGCGCAUGGAGGGAAAAGACUUCACAUUUGAGUACAUCCAGAGAGAGGGGCUCAGGGACCCCAUCAUCUUCGAGAAGCCAGACGGACUCGGCAUUAAGAUGCCGGACCCAGACUUCAGUGUGAACGAUGUCAAGGUGUUUGUAGGCAGCAGGAGGGUGAUUGAUGUGAUGGAUGUGACGACGCAGAAGGGCAUUGAGAUGUCCAUGGCCCAGUGGAGGCGGUACUACGAGACGCCACCUGCGCAGAGGGAAAAGCUGUACAACGUCAUCAGCCUGGAGUUCAGCCACACCAAGCUGGAGAACCUGGUGAAGAGGCCAGCAUCGGUAGAUCUUAUCGACUGGGUGGACAACAUGUGGCCUCGCCACCUUAAGGAGCGGCAGAGAGACUCCACCAACGCCAUCAUCGACAUGCAGUACCCCAAAGUGCAGAAGUACUGUUUGAUGAGUGUGCAGGGCUGCUACACAGACUUCCACAUCGAUUUCGGGGGCACGUCUGUCUGGUACCACAUACUGCGGGGUGGCAAGGUGUUCUGGCUGAUUCCACCCACACCCCAGAACCUGGAGCUGUACGAGAACUGGGUGUUGUCAGGGAAACAGGGUGACAUCUUCCUGGGGGACAAGGCCACCGACUGUCAGAGGAUCGAGCUCAAACAGGGCUACACCUUCAUGAUCCCCUCCGGCUGGAUCCAUGCCGUCUACACGCCUGUUGACACCCUGGUUUUCGGGGGAAACUUCCUCCACAGUUUCAACAUCCCCAUGCAGCUGCACAUCUACAACAUCGAGGACCGCACGCGGGUCCCAGCCAAGUUCCGCUACCCUUUCUACUAUGAGAUGUGCUGGUAUGUGCUGGAGCGCUACCUGUACAGCCUGACCAACACCUCCCACCUCACCCCAGAGUUCCAGAAGCACUCCCUGGGCAUCGGCCUGAAGAGAGACCCCUCCACCUGUCCAGACAAGACCCUGAAUGGGCACGUCAAGGAGGAGGAGGAAGAGGAAGAGGAGGAUGAAGAGGUGUCCCGUGGGCCUGCCGAACCCGGGGUGAAAGUUCACCUGACGCCCUUUGAGCUGGAGGGGCUGUGGAAUCUGCUGGGGAAGCUGGAGUCUCUGCCCUCCCACAAGAAGUGUGUCCCAGCGGGCAUCCACAACGCCCCCGCCCUGCUGCACGACAUCCGGACUCUGCUACAGGAGCACGCCAAUGACAUCCCCGAACUGUCCUACACUGGAGUUCCCAUCGUCAGGUGGCCAAAGAGGCCCUCGUGGUACCAGCCGCCCCCCCCGCCGCCCCCCGUGGGCCGGCCGCGCCUGUCGGGCGUGCUGCCGCCCCCGCGGCCAGUCAAGCCGCCAUCGUCCAUGUCGGUGCUGCGGCGGAGACGCGUCCGCUGCAAACGCUGCGAGGCCUGCCUGCGCACCGAGUGCGGAGACUGCAACUUCUGCAGGGACAUGAAGAAGUUUGGAGGCCCGGGCAAGCUCAAGCAGACCUGCGUGCUGCGCCAGUGCCUCGCUCCUGGUCUCCCGCUCUCUGCGGCAUGUGAGGUGUGUGGGGAGGGUAAUCAAGAAGCCGGUGAGACGACAGACUUUGCCCACACACUCAUGGAGUGUUCCAACUGUGCCCAGAUCGCCCAUCCUGGCUGCCUCAAGGUGUCGGGAGAGGGGGUGGUGAAUAAGGACUUGCCCAGCUGCUGGGAGUGCCCCAAGUGCGUGCUGGGAAAGGAAUCUGAGUCUGAGUCCUCGGGCAGUGACGAUGACAGCGUGGCGUCCGCCAGCUCGCUGUCCCCGGCCGCCCCCGCCGCAGAGAAGCGCUCCCACAGGGAGGGCGUGGGGGGCGGGGAGGGCGACGAGGGCGGGGGCGGGGGCCGGGGCAGGGGGAGGCGCGCUGGACGGCCCCUCUCGCUGGCGCCCCCUCCCUCCCACAGGCUGCUACUGCAGCACAACAGGAAGCGAGCGGGGGCCCUGGAGCUGCAGCUCAGGAAGCGGAUAAAAAUGGAGCGGAACAAAAUUUUGCAUUCGAAACGCAAGUCAUCCUCUCUGGACGGCCGGCCCCCGAAACUCCACUGUCGCCGAGGAAACGAGCAAGACGAGGAGGACGAAGACGACGACUCGGUCAGCGAGGAUGAGGAGGCCGAUGGGCAGGGACAGGGAGGCAUCCGAAAGCUGUCCCUGCACCCCAGAGGCGGCUCGGCCUCCCGAAUGCGUCACCUGCGAGGGGCAGGGCCCGGCAGGCGGGGCCUGUGGAGAGGCUCUGCCCACCGCGUGGGCCGAGGAGGUGGGCUCAGCGCAAACAGCUCCUCCCUGAAGAUGAGGCGCGGGCUGGGGGUGAGGGGGGAGAGGGGCGGCCGCGUGCGGCUCCGGGGAGGGGGCAGGAUGCAGCGGCGCCGGGAGGAGACCGAGGACGAUGACGACGACGACGAGGAUGAGGAAGACGAGGAGGAGGAAGACGAGGAGAGCGAGGACGGGCGGCACAGGGACCGGCUGGAUAAAGAGAGCCGAGCGCACCGCCGGAAGGGCAGGGUGGAGGACGACGACGAGGACGAGGACGAUGACGACGAUGACGACGACGAUGACGAAGAGGACAGCGAUGAGAGGGAUGUGGACGGAGGAGAGGAGGAGCUGGAAGAGAUGGAGGAAGAUGGAGAGGAGGAGGAGAAUCAGUCGGACUCUGAGCCGGACCCGCCGGUGCUGCUGGUGUCGGACCUGAGCGACGACCUGCUGAACGGCUCCUACCUGACGGUGACGCUGCAGCGCCCCCCGAAGGCCAAGCGUGACCCCGGCUCCAUCGUGCCCAAGCUAGAGGCCGCCGUGUCGCCCAGGACCCCCAACAGCCAGGGCUACGUCCAGCGCAAGUCUCUGCAGCGCCCGCGGCACAGGAACGGCGCGGCGGGGAACGGGCUGCUGCGGGGCGGGGCCGGGGCGUCCUCGGGCCGGCACCCGCGGCACCACGCCCGCCAGCAGGACCUCCCCGACGCCCGCGCAGCCGUGUCCCGCAUGGACAGUGUGACUGAACGAGAGACCGCCUCCCCCUCCACCACCUCCUCCCAGUCCUCCGUCUCGCCCACGCCGCCGCCGCCCGCCACCUCCUGCUCCCCUCCCUCGCUCCUCUCCCUGCCUUCCUUCAGAGAUGUGGGGAACGAGCCGGGCUGUGAGAAGGAGGUGUGGGUGUCCGUGUUCCGCUACCUGACCCGGGCGGAGCUCUGUGUCUGCAUGACCGUCUGCAAAAGCUGGUAUAAAUGGAGUUGUGACAAGCGCCUGUGGACCCGGAUAGACCUCAGCCGGUGUCGGUCGGUCAGCCCUCAGGCCCUGUCCGGCAUCAUCAAACGGCAGCCCAUCACACUCGACCUCUCCUGGACAUCCAUCUCCAAGAAGCAACUCACCUGGCUCAUCAACCGCCUGCCAGGGCUGAAGGACCUGAUGGUUUCGGGGUGCUCCUGGUCCUCUAUCUCAGCGCUCAGCUCCCCCAGCUGCCCCCUCCUGCGCACCCUGGACUUGCGCUGGGCUGAGGGCGUCAAAGACACCCAGAUUCGGGACCUAAUCACCCCUCCAGGCUGUGAUAACCGCAGUAAGCUCAGGAACAUGCAGUCGUUCCGGCUGGCGGGGCUGGAGAUCAGCGACUCCACGCUGCGUCUCAUCAUCAGGCACAUGCCGCUGCUGGCACGUCUCGACCUGUCGCACUGCCGCGGCGUCACCGACCAGUCCGUCAACCUGCUGACCGCCGUCGGCUCCUCCACCCGCAACACGCUCACCGAGAUCAACCUCGCAGGCUGUAAUAAGCUGACGGACGGCUGCCUGCUGUACCUGAAGCGGGUGUCGUGUCUGACGCUGCUGGACCUGCGGGGCUGUAAGGGCGUGACGCGCCGAGCCUGUGAGGGCUUCAUCUCAGAGCUGUCCAUCAACGCGCUCUUCUGCCUGUCCGAGGACCGGCUCAUCCAGAGGAUAUCCUGA